CAUAGACUCACGAUUCGUUCUUAAGAUGAUUGUGUUUAUGUAAGAGGUCGUGCUCCUUCAUAUGCUGAUCUCAUGAAUAGACUUUAUUCUUGUUUGAAAAAUUCUAAAUAUCCCACACGCACAACAACAUUUCAGUUAUUCGGCAGUCCGAUCUCGCAAGCGAGAUAUCUCACCGUCAUGCCUUCUGCAAAGGAAUCAGGAUCUGGGAUCAAGGUCCUGAUGCUUCAUGGUUAUACUCAGAAUGGACCACUCUUCCAUGCAAAGACUCGUGCGAUGGAGAAACACCUACAAAAGGCAUUUCCCGGGAUAUCAUUAAGCUAUCCUACAGGACCUCUACAGCUCAGGCCAAGAGAUGUACCCGGCUUUGAUCCGACUUCGAGUGAAGAUCCUGACAGUGUGGAAGCUUAUGGUUGGUGGCGCCGAUCAAACACAUCGGACCCGCCAGAGUAUGUCGCACUGGAGGACGGCCUGGAAACCAUCGCCAAAGUCCUUGAAGAAGAAGGUCCCUUUGAUGGAGUCAUCGGAUUCUCACAGGGCGCAGCUAUGGCGGCGAUGGUCGCGUCCUUGUUAGAGGGCGAACCGCGAAGAAAGGCGUUUGAGCAAGCAAAGUCACAAUCCCCGUUGGCAAUAGCAUACCCAAAAUCCUUUGAGAGGCUGAGCCACCCACCACUCAAAUUUUGCGCAGCAUAUUGUGGAUUCCGGGCGCCUGGGGAGAGAUACCGAGGGUUUUUUGAAGAUCCUCGUAUCCAAACCCCGACAAUUCAUUUUAUCGGCAGUCUCGACAGCGUGGUUGACGAGACCAGAACACAAGCAUUGGUUGAUGCAACUGGCGGCGUCGAGAGAACACAGGUUGUGAUGCACCCAGGCGGCCAUUUUGUUCCCAGUGGUAAGCAGUAUCUGGACACCAUCGCAGCAUUUAUCAAGCAGCAAAUGUCGUCACAAGACGCCAGAAAUGACCAAGAAGAAAGGGCAGAGGAUAUGGAUGUGCCCUUCUGAGUCAAUUCCCUGCGCCCCUUCGUUCUGGACUCACACAUUU